AUGAAUAUAUUUAAAUAUUACAACAUUUAUUUACCACUAUCUGUUCUGGGAUUUGUACAUAUCGAAGUAAAGUCUAAUAAUGAUGUCUUAAAUAAUUCUUUGUCCUCAAUUUCAUUUAAUAAUUAUAUAUUUGGAAGGAUCUUGUCUACCAAUGAAUCAGCCGAUGUUGUUGUUGAGAAACCAAUGGAAGAAAAGUUGAAUAACACGAAUGAAAAUAUUGAUGAGACACAUGAAGAAUCAGAUCCUUCUAAUAGUACAGAAGAAACAGUAAAAAAAUGUAUAAGUAAUAUACUUGAUAUGACUUGUGAUUCAAGGGGACAUGCCUUAAUACUUGCUAACAACAUAUUAAGAUCACAGAACGUUAAUGAGGAGGUUAUCAUAUUAAAUGAGCAUGAUUUAUUAAGUCAAUUUCUUAAUGGAGAUGUAUCAAAUAUAUUCAGUGAUAAUAAAUCAAUAUUUAAAGAUUUAUUGGAUAAAGAUAUAUGUUCUACAUAUGAAGUUAAUUUUGAUCAAAAUAGUAAAUGCACAUUGUUAACAAACAAAAAUGAUUUACAAAUAAGUGAAGACAUAUUAUUAUUGGGAAAUGAAUCUGAAGAAACCAAUAAAUUAUUAGACCUAUGGAAAAGGGUGAUGAAAAAUGAAGAAAGCAAACUUUAUCUUUUAAAAAGAAAUUUAUAUCAACAACAUUUGAAACUAAGAAAUAGAAGUAGAUUAUCACAUGAUAAAUUGAAUAACAUAUUAAAUGAAUGUAAUGUGCUAGUUAAGAAAUAUAAUAAUAAUUAUGAUAAGACUAUUAAUAACAUUUUUAAAGAAUGGUCAACUGUUACUCCUCAUAAUAUAUUUGAAUUUAAAUUAUUUAUAAAGGCUUGUAGAUUAACAUGGAGAAAAUCAAUAAAAAAUUUACACGCAGAAUAUACAGAAUUAUUAAAAAGGUCGUUUAAUUAA